AUGUUCCACGUGUUUCACUUUGGCACGGCGGCUGCGGGUGUUAUCUGGCUGUACUACUUGACGACGGUGUACGCGCAGCAGUACCUUGGGACCACGCGCGGCCGACGCUAUCGUGUAACACACACGUUGCCAGCUAGUGAGACGGACGGGUGUUUCAGCUCGACGGUCAACGUUGACGCAGACGCGGGCGAUGGAUACUGUAUCGGGAACGUGCCGUUUAUGUCGUGGGUCAUGUACGCCAUGAUGAUUUUCAGCGAGUUUCUCAGUUUCGUUGUGGCGCUGCUGUUCAACUUCAGUAUGUGGCGUUCGAUUUGUCGUGGUGCGCGGUACAUGGACGACUUCGAGCUGCCCACUCCCAGGGAACAGUGGCCGAUGGUCGACAUCUUGUUGUGUGUCUACGUGGAUCCGGUCACGGAUUCGAUGCAGACACUGAAGAACUAUCUUUCGCUGCAGUAUGCGCCCGAGCUUCUCGACAUCGUUGUGCUGGAUGUUGGUUACUAUAAGUCUGUGUGGGUUGCGAUCGACCACUUGAAGGUGACGAUGAACUCCAAUGUGGUUCGAUUUGUGGUGAUUUGCGUGGCGACCUUGCGCGGCUCAUGCACGAGCGUGUGCCGUAUCCGAAGCUUUUUGCUUGCGGUGCUGUCGUUCUUCUUCUCGGAAGGCGAGGCCGCCGACGGUGGAGGUCUUCAGUGCAGCGACGAUAUUUCGUGGACCCACGUGUCGUACGGGCAGACUUCUGCAGACUCCUCAGUACUUUGA